AUGAAGUUUUCCCUUCUUGCCGGCCUGUCCCUUGUGGGCGCCGCCGUGGCCACGAGCUCCAUCCCCUCCAUUGAAGUCAAGGGCAAGAAGUUCUUCUACUCCAACAACGGCACUGAGUUCUUCAUCCGCGGUGUUGCCUACCAGGCCAACUUCGACGGCGAGACUAGCGGCGGUGGCAGCGACAGCUACGUCGACCCGCUGGUGGAUGCGGCUACUUGCAAGCGUGAUAUUCCCUACCUGCAGCAGCUCCGCACCAAUGUCGUCCGUACCUACGCCAUCAACCCUGACCAGUCCCACGAUGACUGCAUGAACGCCCUCGCCGAUGCCGGUAUCUACGUGAUCAGCGAUCUGUCCGCCCCCGACGAGUCCAUCCAAUCGUCUGACCCUACCUGGAACGCCGAACUGUUCACCCGCUACUCCCAGGUUGUCGACACUCUCGCUCCGUACCCCAACGUCAUUGGUUUCUUCGCCGGUAAUGAGGUCUCGGACGCCGUCAACAACACCAACUCCAUGGCUUACGUCAAGGCUGCUGUCCGUGAUAUGAAGACCUACAUCAAGGACAAGAACUACCGCUCGUCUCUGGCCGUCGGUUACGCUACCGAUGACAACCAGUACGUCCGUGAGCAGGUCUCCAACUACCUGGUCUGUGACAACGCCGAUGACUCCAUCGACUUCUUUGGUUACAACAUCUACGAGUUCUGCGGUCACUCCUCCUUCGCCAGCUCCGGUUACAAGGAACGCACCGAGGAGUUCUCCGACUACCCUGUUCCUGCCUUCUUCUCCGAGUACGGCUGCGUUCAGCCCCCCAAGGCCCGUCCCUUCGAUGAUGUCCCCAUUCUCUUCGGUCCUCAGAUGAACGAGGUCUGGAGCGGUGGUAUCGUCUACAUGUACUUCGAGGUCGGCAACCACUACGGUCUCGUUUCCACCUCCGGCAGCUCCGUCUCCACCAAGCAGGACUUCGACAACCUCUCCUCCCAGAUGAAGAAGGUCACCGCCACCGGUACCAACAGCGCCGACUACAAGGUAACCACCACCGUUGGCCGCUCCUGCCCCACUGUCGGCUCCGACUGGCUCGCCGCCAGCAAGCUGCCUCCUUCGCCCAACUCCGACCUGUGCGAGUGCAUGUACGACUCUCUCGAGUGCGUCCCCAGCGACGACGUCUCCAACAAGAAGAUCAAGAGCACUUUCGACUACCUCUACGGUCUCAAGGCCAAGGGCACCAUCGAUGCCGUCUCCGGUGUCUACUCCAACGGUACUGAGGGUGUCUACGGCGCCUACUCCAUGUGCAACGCCAAGCAGCGUCUCGCCUGGGCUAUGAACCGCUACGCCAAGAAGCAGGGCGGCGCCUCCGCCUGUGACUUCGGCGGCCUCGGUACCUCCAAGAAGGCCACGACCGCCAGCGGCUCCUGCGCCACUCAGAUGUCCUCUAUCGGUGCCGCCGGUACCAACUCCGUCAACGCCGGUCUGGCCGCCUCCACCGGCGCCGCUGGUGGUGCUACCGGUGGUAGCAGCGCUACCUCUUCAGGUCUGGCUGCUGGCAUGACCCAGCCCCAUGCCGUGCACGUCGGCGCUUGGCAGCUUGGUGCUUACUCCCUGGCCGCUCUGGCUUCGGGUGUUUUCAUGAUUAUGCUGUAA